AUGAUUUCACUGUCUGUUCCAUUGGUGGUCCUCACCCUGCCCAGCGCCUGGGCCGAGAAGGCCUGCAAGCGCACCUGCCCGGAGUCUUGCUCCUGCAACAGCGUGGAGCGCGGCUGCUCUGUGCGCUGUGACCGUGCUGGCCUCCUGCGGGUCCCGGCCGAGUUCCCGUGCGAGGCGGCCUCCAUCGACCUGGACCGGAACUGCCUGCGCUUCUUGGGCGAGCGGGCCUUUGGCACGUUGCCGUCGCUGCGCCGCCUGUCUCUACGCCACAACAAUUUGUCCUUCAUCACGCCUGGCGCCUUCAAGGGCCUGCCGCGCCUGGCGGAGUUGCGCCUAGCUCACAAUGGCGACCUACGCUAUCUGCAUGCGCGCACCUUCACCGCGCUGGGCCGCCUGCGCCGCCUCGACCUGACAGCCUGCCGCCUCUUUAGCGUCCCCGAGCGCCUCCUGGCUGAGCUUCCCGCCCUGCGCGAGCUCGCUGCCUUCGACAACCUGUUCCGCCGCGUACCCGGCGCGCUGCGCGGUUUGGCCAACCUGACGCACGCGCACCUAGAGCGCAGCCGCAUUGAGGCGGUGGCCUCCAGCUCCCUGGAAGGUCUGUGGCGCUUGCGCUCGCUCAGCCUGCAGGCCAACCGAGUCCGCACGGUGCACGCCGGAGCCUUUCGCGACUGCGGUGCCCUGGAGCACCUACUGCUCAAUGACAACCUGCUGGCCGAUCUGCCCGCUGAUGCCUUCCGCGGCCUGCGCCACCUGCGCACACUCAACCUGGGUGGAAAUUCCCUGGGCCGCGUGGCGCGCACCUGGUUCGCCAAUCUGGCCGAGCUCGAGCUGCUCUACUUGGAUCGCAACAGCAUCACUUUCGUAGAGGAGGGUGCCUUCCAGAACCUUUCGGGCCUCCUCGCUCUGCACCUCAAUGGCAACCACCUCACCGUGCUCACCUGGGCCCCUUUCCAGCCAAGCUUCUUCCUGGGCCGCUUCUUUCUUUUCCGCAACCCGUGGCGCUGUGACUGCAGCCUGGAGUGGCUGCGGGACUGGAUGGAGAGCUCUGGGCAUGUCACCGAUGUGCCUUGCGCCUCUCCGGGCUCCGUGGCCGGCCUGGACCUCAGCCAGGUGGCCUUUGGGCGCUCCUCCGAUGGCCUCUGUGUGGACCCUGAGGAUCUGAACCUUACCGCGUCCAGCCCAGGCCCACUCCCAGAGCCAGUUGCUACCACUGUGAGCAGGUUCAGCAGCCUCCUCUCCAAGCUGCUGGCCCCGAGGGCCCCAGUGGAGGAGGCGGCCAACACCACCACAGCGCCAGUCAAUGCCUCGCUGUCUGAUAUCCUUCCCUCGGGCAGGGUGAGAGGCUUAGGCCAUAGCACCCUGUUUCUCCUUGGCUCUAGUCUCCUGCUCAGCCUGGCCCAGCAUGUGAUGUUUAUCCUGCAGGCGUACUGA